UAUGUUUUUUUCACUAUAUCGUUCUCACUUACCCUAUGGAUUUCUUGGCAUAUUCUCAAAAUCUCCACUACGGUGAUCUUCUAUCCAAUUUCCUUUGCCCUGAUGAGAGUUUGGAUUUCUUGAAUUGGGAUCCUUUUAUGGCCAUGAGCCCUAAUGAGAAUGUACUGACUGAUUUUAAUCCUCAACUAUGGGACAUGGAACAAUCUUGGGCUCCUUUCCUUGCAGACAGAGCACCCAAAACCAAUAAGAAAGAAGAAAUAUCAGAAGAGGGUAACCAUUCCCCUGGCCCACUGGUGGCACCGUCUGUGGGCAGUACUGACUCUGCCAUGAAAGAACAACAAUCAGAGAUUCUAUGUGGGGAAGAUCAUAGUGGCAGCAACAGAUCUUCUGGGGGAGAGAUUGUUGAGAGCAAGAAGAGGAGAAAGAGGAAGAGGAAUAAAAGCACGGAAAGGAUGCCCAAGAUUGCUUUCAGGACCAGAACCGACGUUGAUGUAUUGGAGGAUGGCUACAAAUGGCGCAAAUAUGGAAAGAAAAGCAUUAAAAACAACCCUCAUCUUAGAAGUUACUACAAGUGCUCUGAAAGCAAUUGUUGCGUGAAGAAGAAGGUAGAGCGAGAUCCCAUUGAUGCGGAAGUUCUAAUAACCACAUACGAAGGAAAACAUAACCAUGAAAGCCCCUACCCAACGGAGAUCUUCUGUGUUGUAGAUCCAACCAUUGUUCAGCAAUUCAGUUCUUACCGUAUGAUAGUUCUUCCGAAUCAGAGCUUAUGCUCUUCCAUACUACCUGCUCGCCAUGUUUUAUACCAAUAGGGAUUGGACCACAUUGCAAUUGAAUGGCUUAUUGCUUAAGCUACUUUCUGUAUUCUCGGUGUAUG